AUGGUCGCCAUCCACUUGAGAGCAGAAACAAAGCCCUUAGAGGCCAGAGCAGCCUUGACCCCCACCACCGCCAAGGCAUUGUUGGAUGCUGGCUUCAAGGUAUACGUUGAAGAGAGCGAACAGUCGUUCUUCAAUUCCGCCGAGUACGAGAAGGUCGGCGCCGAGAUUGUUCCUUUCGAGUCCUGGAAGACCGCGCCAGCAGACAGAAUCAUUCUUGGCUUGAAGGAGUUGCCUGAGAACGAGACCUUCCCUCUUGUUCACGAGCACAUCCAGUUUGCCCACUGUUACAAGCAACAGGCCGGCUGGAAGGACGUCUUGAGAAGAUUCCCCGAGGGCAAGGGUACCUUGUAUGACUUGGAGUUCUUGGAGGAUGACAAUGGAAGACGUGUGGCCGCUUUUGGCUACUACGCCGGCUUUGCUGGUGCCGCCAUUGGUGUCUUGGACUGGGCAUUUAAGCAGACACACUCCGACGCCGAGAACUUGCCAGGCGUUUCCCCUUACACCAGUGAGCAGGCUUUGGUGGAGGAGGUCGCAUCCAAGUUGAAGGUGGCUGUCGAGAAGAACAAUGGCCAGUACCCAUCCUGUUUGGUCAUUGGUGCCUUGGGCAGAUGUGGCUCUGGAGCCCUCGAUCUUUUCAGAAAGGUGGGCAUUCCCGAGGAGUUGUUGCAGAAGUGGGACAUGGCCGAGACCGCCAAGGGUGGUCCUUUCAAGGAGAUUGCCAACUCCGACAUCUUCAUCAACUGCAUCUACUUGUCCAAGCCUAUCCCUCCAUUCAUCAACUUCGACUUGUUGAACCAAAAGGACAGAAAGUUGAGAUCCAUCGUUGAUGUCUCCGCUGACACCACCAACCCUCACAACCCAAUCCCAGUCUACACCGUGGCCACUGUUUUCAACGAGCCUACUGUUCCUGUAGACACCACUGUUGGUCCUAAAUUGUCGGUCUGCUCGAUCGACCACUUGCCUUCCUUGUUACCAAGAGAAGCAUCCGAGUUCUACUCCAGAGACUUGUUGCCAUACUUGUUGCAAUUGCCUCAGAGAGAUACUGCUCCUGUCUGGACCAGAGCCAAGAAGUUGUUUGAGCACCACGUCGCCAAGUUGUAA